AUGGCUUCUCUGGGGGAAUUGGAAGAGGGCCAGGAUUGGACCCAGCUGGCAUCUUUUGCGAUCAAGCGAGGGUCCAAGAGCUUUGAGCCUAUCCUUGACGGAGCACGGCCGUCUGAGUACGACCACGAUGCGCUCCAAUACCAACGGAACAUCAUGUACCACGCCCUAUCGCAACCCAGAGGAUUUCUCUCCACGCCCGAGAAACUGACACACAGCACUAUCAUCAUAGGUUCAGAGUGCUACAUAGACACUCCCAGAGGCAAAUAUCUUGAAACCAUGGGCAAAAUCGACAAAUCCGGACGCUGUCACCUUACUUUCGAGGAAGCAGUGUAUUUGAUAGAACGAGGGACUUGUAUCGCCAAACAUGGUCCUGAUCAGCCCAUCUUGUCUCUUCAGCAGGUGUAUGGAGAUCUUAUCAGAUCGGCUCAGCAGCUCGACCAACUACUGGUGUACUCCACGCUAAAGCGAAACGGCUAUAUCGUCAUGAAGAAAGAUCAAUCAGAAUUGGAGAAUACGGACAAUCCAUCACCGCGAGGAGUGUUUUCGACAAUUCUUUCUCUGAUUAAUGGCUUUGCGUUCAAGUUCUUCCCAUUUAGGUCGAUUUUCGCCUUUUUGCAUGGCCUGUUGACUCCAAAGCGCAUUGAGCCAGCUAAAAACUCACAACUGGUCCCGAUCUACAAUGUGUGGAAACCUACCAAAGGGUUCCGUAAAAGUUCGCCUCCUCCGCCUCAUUACCAGCUAGCUUUUGUGCGCGCGUCGAGUGCAUUCCCUGAUAUCAGGGACUUGAAAGCCAGAUUCUCAGAGUCCACACCGCUACUGGUGGCAGUAGCGGACAACGGAAUUGUGAACUUCUACACUCUUUCAGAGACAAAGUUUGACAAUAUCGGCAUUGUGUGGAAGGACUCGUGGUCCAAAAAAUGGACUCUACCCUAUAUAUUCCGUCUAUUUCAGAAAUAA